AUGGCCCCGAAAGAGGACAUGUUGCCCCCGGGCUGGGAUGAUCUAGAUAGGCAGAUGGGCCAGCUGUUCAUGAUGGGCUUUGAUGGGACCGUCGUGAGCCCUCAGAUCCGUUCCCUUAUCGAGGAUUAUCACCUAGGGUCCGUCUUGCUAUCCGCUAAGAAUUUGAAAUCUGCCGACGAUGCAACCCGACUGGUGUUAGAAUUGCAGACCAUUGCGCGGGAUGCCGGUCACCUAGUGCCUCUGCUCAUCGUAUUGGAUCAGGAGAACGGCGGUGUCAACAGCUUAUAUGAUGAGAUCUUUAUUCGGCAAUUCCCCAGUGCCAUGGGCAUCGCAGCGACGGGGUCGAAAGCUCUGGCUCAUGAGGUGGCCAAGGCGACGGCUCAAGAGCUGAAGGCGGUGGGCGUCAAUUGGAUUCUGGGUCCGGUGUUGGACGUUUUGACCAAUGUUCGCAAUCAACCUCUCGGGGUGCGCACCUCGGGGGAUGACCCGCAGGAAGUGUCGCAGUACGGAGUGCAAUUCAUGAAGGGUUAUCAAGAGGCAGGACUCGCGACAUGCGGCAAACAUUUCCCCUCAUACGGGAAUCUGGAAUUCCUUGGCUCACACACCGAUGUGCCCAUCAUCACCGAGUCAUUGGAGCAGCUGAGUCUCACCGCACUCGUCCCAUUUCGAAAUGCCAUCAUGCAGGGUCUGGACGCCAUGAUGGUCGGCGGCGUGUCCAUGUCAUCAGCUGGAAUGAAUGUCAUGCAUGCCUGUCUGAGUGACCAAGUCGUGGACGAACUCUUACGAAAGGACUUGAAGUUCCAGGGGGUCGUGGUGUCGGAGUGCUUGGAAAUGGAGGCACUGACUCACAAUAUCGGGGUCGGCGGCGGGACGGUCAUGGCCAAGAAUGCCGGAUGCGACGUGAUUCUGCUCUGUCGCUCUUUCCCCGUUCAGCAAGAGGCCAUCAACGGUUUGAAGCUCGGUGUGGAGAAUGGCAUUAUUGGCCGCGCUCGAAUCGAGCAAUCGCUUCGCCGGGUGUUGCUCUUGAAGGCCAAAUACACAUCCUGGGAACAAGCUUUGAACCCGCCCGGACUUGCCUCGCUCACGCAAAUGCAACCAUCCCACACCAAUCUGUCGACGCGCGCCUACAACAAUUCCAUUACCGUCUUGCGCGACAAGCAGAACCUUUUGCCACUGUCAAAUGUCAUCGAUGCGAGUGAAGAGCUCUUGCUUCUGACGCCCUUGGUCAAACCUCUAGCAGCGUCGGCAGUAUCACUCUCCGCGAACGAUGCAUAUCACGGCGUCUCCGUGGACCAGUCGGCAAUUGACCGAUCGGCGUCUGUCCUUUGCGGGGAAACUGUCUUUAAAGAACUCGGGCGAUCCUUGUCUCGCCAGAGAAGCGGACGUGUCUUGCACACUUCGUACACGCACAACGGAGUGCGUCCAAUUCACGAGGACCUGCUUCAGCGAGCAAGCGCGGUGAUUGUAGUCACGGCGGAUGCCAAUCGGAAUCUAUACCAGCAGGCUUUUGCAAAGCACGUCUCCUUGAUUUGUCAGACCCAGUUCUCUGCCACGGGCGAACGCCGGGAGAAACCGCUGAUUGUCGUUGCGGUCAGCUCACCUUAUGACUUUGCAAUGGACCCUUCAAUCAAGACGUACGUGUGCACGUACGACUUUACCGAAACAGCCCUUCAGGCCUUGGUCAAGGUUCUGUAUGGAGAUCUCACCCCGACCGGUACCCUUCCCGGUUCCCUCAGUCGCAGCCAAAAGAUCCACCAGUCACGUCAGCAUUGGCUUGUUGAAAACUGGAAUGAAGAUCGAGAUGCGCAUGGACUGGACGCAUUGCUGGAUGCCGUUCGUGGGGACUGCACACAGGGACAACCGUCUGAACUUCUCGGUGCGACGUCGAGCACCUUUCUCCUCCGAAAGGAAGACGUUGAGGAGGCGCAUUUUGUGGUACGAAAUAGCUCUACACAAGCUCUCUAUGGAUUCUGUGCUACGUACUUCUUUCGCUCGUCUGGUACCGGUGUGAUAGGAUGUUUGAUCGUGGACCCGUCUCGCCGGAAAUUAUCCAUAGGGCAUUCUCUUCACAGCCGUGCUGUACGCAACCUGCUCCAACGCAAGGGUGUGAAACGGUUUCAGCUUGGGUCUCGACUUCCCGGAAUAUACCUCGGGAUUCCCACGGCCGAUCACGUCGAGCGCAAGCGAUUGCGGCAGUGGUUCGCCAACCUCGGCUGGAACACCUCUCUGUCGCGCCCGGUUUGCAGUGUCAUAUUGCGAAACUUGCCUGCGUGGACUCCGCCCGAAGGACUAACCAUGACACUCCGCACGGCUGCUGUGGUCUACGAUCUUGUCUACGGCUGGGACUAUGCGCGGUCCGUUCUGGAUCAUAUCAAGACCAACGCUCGCCAGGGCGUGGCCGAUAUCUAUCGAAUUGCACUCAGUGGCAGCCCUCAUUGUGGCAUCAUUCGUGCCAAACGGUCAACCGACGACAUGAUUGUCGGAAGUGUCGUGGUUUAUAACGAGCGAUCGGCCCUGGCAGAGCAUAUGCCUGCCUUGCGGGCCACUCACACUACCGUUGGGGGCAUUUCCUCACUGGUGAUCUCGCCGGUCGCGGAUGAUUAUGCCACGGUGAUGCAGGGGUUGAUAUUACUUGCGAUCAAGCAAAUCCGAAAGCUCAACGCCAAUGCGGUGGUCAUGGAUUGUGUCGACGGCGACGGCAACUUCGACUGCCUCUCCUCAAUGGGAUUCAGUAUGCUCCACAGCUUCGAGGAAGUGAAUUGCGAUGCCGCUACGUGGACAAUGAUGCAUCCAUCAUGA